GCCGCUAGAUAAAUGUGCAAAAAUCGGCGUGUAUAUCUUCGGCGCGAAAUGUCGAACAGCCGAGUGCGAGGGAUGGUAGAGGGAGAAAGAAAGCUCAAGGCGCACCCACAACGAAUUUUCCAACCUCACUUUGUAGCGGCGCGUUUGAAAUUCGGUGCAAAGUUCAUCCGAACAUCGCCUGCUAUAUUCACCGAAACAUUUUCCCGUAACCGACGAAAGGGUUCUUGGACCCUCGGAAAAGUCGAGUUAGUUUUAUCACCAGAAUUAUUAACGACGAUCAAAAAAUCUCUGCUGCUACAGGAGUUUCCCCAUUUUCUAAAAUUUUAUAUUUUUGCACUUUCACGCGCUCGGGAGAUUUUUUAAAGAGCGAUUUUUCCGUGCACUUUGAGGUUAGGGCGGACGAUUUUCUUGGACUUUUUUCAACCAUGAAUCACAUGACGCGUUGUGUUUGUGUUUCCCCGGUUUGAGUGCAUUUUCAUGUGGAAUUUGUGUAGCCCAAAAAAUAUUGUAGGAACGUGUCCAAAGUCGAAUCUAUUUAUAUCAUUAUAUAUGCACUGAUAUUAAUGAAAUACUUCAGUACGUGGUGAAUCCAUGCCACCCGUGUCCAUCUUUAGUGAGGUGUAAUGAAAAAUUGAGUUAUGGCACUUGGUGCAACGCGCCCGAAACCAGUUAGGAAGAGGAAAUACCAUUUAGCGCAAUCCACUUGCUCUACUGGGUUUCAUAUUUCUAAGGAGGCGCACAAUUAAAUUCCUCGAGGAAGCCUUCGCUCUGCGCUCGCCCUCUUCGACGUUCGACCAACACAA